AUGUCCCAACCGACUUUACAUAAACCUUCUAACAUUGUCGAUGUGGCUCAAAGUCUUGAAACUACGUCAUUAUCAAGUACUCCAUCUCCAUAUCUUCCCACCGAAUGUUUACAAUGCAUCUUUUCUUUCAUACCUGAAGAUGAUGUAGAAAGUUUGCAUUCUGCUGUGUUGGUCAAUCGUUCGUGGUGUAGAGCUGCUGUUCCAUUUUUAUGGAAAAAACCAUUUACCAUUAACUCAGAAUUACCAUCAUAUUUCAAAAUCGUCCCAAUUUAUUUAAGCUCAAUAAAUGUUGAUUCUCUAUCCACUGAAUUUAGAGAAUCCUUUUUUCAUUUAGAUUAUUUAAUGUCGUGUAUUAGUGAUGAAAAGAGGUUGACUUUUGAUUAUCCUAGUUUCCUCAAGGAACUUAACUUUAAAAAAUUGUACAAAUCGAUUUCUGAAUGGGCAACCAUUAAUGGGGCUUUUGUGCCCAGAUCUCAAUUAAAUAUCGAUUUCGAACUUGAGAGAUUAUCCUUUAUCGAUAAUGUUCAAGAGAAUGUUCAAGAAAGGAUAGACCAUGAAUAUACGGAUGAGUGGGGUGAUCAAUCCCUUGUUCAUGAAUCGUAUAAUCGUACGGAUUUUGACGCGACAAGUGAUGUUGAUAUCUCUCCUUCAGAAUCCCAUGCUGACUAUGAAGAAGCUUGGGAAGAAGAUUGUUAUCAGUACUAUGAUGAAUAUGGUCAUUUCGAUGUUUCUACUGAACCGGAUCAUAGCGAUCAUGGAGAAGAAUGGCUGGACAUGCCUACGCCUUUUGAUAUGACAGAAGAAGGUCGAAAACUAAUUAUUGCCAGAGAGAUUUGUAUGAUGUUAAUGAGUAAAUGUCAUAUAUUCGACAAACUUAUUCUAGAUACGCGAGGAUUUUCUCGAAAUUUGUCGUGUCAGUCAGUAAAUUAUAUAUCUUUGCCAUGCUUUCCAGGUGCUAGUGAGUGUUUGUCGCAUAUAACAGAAUUUUUUUGUGGCGGUGAAUUCUACAAAGGGGAUAUAUUUAAUACUAUGGCGAUUUAUUGUAGAAAUCUUUAUUCUAUUGUCAUCGUUGAUACCUAUCGUUCAGCAAUAGGAUCACUGGCAAAUCUCAUUUCCGUUCAAAAGAGACUACAAAAAUUCAGUUGGACUGGUGGUUACGAAGAUUUAUCACCCAUCAUCUUGUCAUUUUCCAGUCAACGAGAAAACCUUAUCGAAGUCCAAUUAGAAAAUGCUUUUUUUCGUGAUUCCGCUGCUCUUGAAGGACUAGCUCCUUGUCAAAAUUUGGAGACUCUUAAAAUUGCAGAGUGCCAGCUUACUGCUGCCAAUUUAAAACCAUUGGUAUUUGUUACUUUUCCGCGGCUUCAAGUUUUAGAAAUCACGGACGUUCGUGACAUAUAUUAUCUGGACCAUCAUGAAGACAAUACACCCCCUUCCGAAGAAUUAAACGCAAUAAUUCGAAGAACAAAUGGAACACUUCGUGAAAUUCGAUUAAAUUUAGAAUUGCAUUUUUAUCCUAGUAUCAUCGACACAAUUGCUGAAUGUUGUCCAAACCUUAAACUGCUCGCGGCAAGCAUAAAAGAUGACGAACAAAUUCCUGAACUUCUCAGAUUGUUAAGUUCAUGCAGACAACUUGAGAGUUUAAUUAUUCAUGGUUAUAAUAGCAAUUUUUUCACUGCUGAUUAUAUUUUACCUCAAAUUGGGGCAAUUGUACCGGAAACUUUACGAUAUUUGGAUCUUACAAAAUGGACAUUUAAAGCACCAGCUUUAAAGAUGUUCUUGUCGAAUUGCAACGCAGAAUUGAGGUACAUCACGUGGCAUUGUUUUGUUAAUAAUAACAGCGAUGAAUACACAGCAGCAAUCGAAAAUUACGCACAAGAAAAAGAACUUAAGGUUGGAAACCUACAGGUUGAUUAUCGCGACUCUGGAUUUGGAUGGUGUCAAUGUGUUUGCAAUAUCUCAGCGGAACUUGUGGAUCAUCCGAAUCAAAUUGAAGAGCUAUGA